CUCUCUCUCAUCUCCGUCUCACCUCCUUUCCUCGCCUUACGUCUCUCUCACUCUUCCCUACCGUUGGUUUCUUUCUCGCCAACUCCAACCCCUUUUCUUGUGAGCCGAUGACAAACGCCGUCCCUUCCUUCCCUUAGAGCGAGCCAUGGUGUGAACGAGAGAGAGAGAGAGAGACCAAGAAGAAGACUGGGGAGAGGGAGAGAGCCAUCUCCUAGCGUUCCGCUUUUUCUCUUCUUGGCAUUGGAUUGCAGCGAGUCUUGGCGUCGACGGGCGAUGGACAACGCCGAGAGCAGCGGCGGCUGGGGGUUGCCGGCGCACCGCCGUCAGCCGCUGGAGGUCUACCACGAGGUGCUCCGCCGCCUCAAGGACUCCGGCUGCCCGGAGGCCCUCUCCCCCGCCUUCGACGGCGAGCUCUGGGCCCACUUCAAACGCCUCCCCGCCCGAUAUGCAUUGGAUGUGAAUGUGGAGAGAGCGGAGGAUGUUUUAACCCACAAAAGGUUACUGCAACAGGCACGUGACCCUGCCAACAGGCCUGCCUUCGAGGUCCGACUUGUUCAGGUAUCUCCUUUACAUGAUGCAAACCAAAAUAAGUGUUUAGAUUCCAACCAACAAGGGAGGGAAGAUGCUCAAUGCUCUUCAAGUUUAUCAAUUAAGAAAAGUUCCAGCAUCCAUCCUCCUCCAGCCUUUGGUUCAUCAUCAAAUCUUGAAGUCAUUGCUUUUGAAUUCAGCAAGCGACCUGGGCAAGACAGUAAUAAUGCUGUGAAUUUCUGUCCAGCCAGGCCCAUGCAUGAGAUCACUUUGUCAACAGAUGAUAAGCCAAAGCUUCUCAGUCAGUUGACGUCUUUGCUUGCUGAAAUUGGCCUUAAUAUCCAAGAAGCACAUGCAUUUUCAACAAAUGACGGUUACUCUUUAGUUGUUUUUGUUGUCGACGGCUGGCCAUAUGAGGAGACCAAUCAGCUUAAAGAUGCACUGCAGAAGGGAAUACACAAAAUUGAGAAACAAGCAUUAUUAUUGCCUCAUUCUUGGUCACCUGUAAUGAAAAGUUCACCUGCUGGGGAGAAAUCUCUAAUUGAUCAUGUCCAAAUACCUACAGAUGGGACUGAUGUAUGGGAAAUUGAUGUCAGACAUUUGAAAUUUGAGAGUAUAGUGACAUCCGGAUCAUAUUGUGAUCUUUACCAUGGAACCUACUGUAGUCAGGAUGUCGCUAUUAAAGUACUCAAGCCAGAGUGUGUCGAUGUCCAAAUGCAGCAUGAAUUUGCACAGGAAGUCUAUAUAAUGAGAAAAGUUCGCCACAAAAAUGUUGUGCAGUUUAUUGGUGCAUGCACCAGACCCCCAUGUUUGUGUAUUGUUACAGUAAAAUUUGUUCGAAGUUUUACUGAGGUACCUGUUUCAUCCUCAGAGUUUAUGCCUGGUGGAAGUAUCCAUGACUUUCUUCACAAGCAGAAAGGUGUUUUUAAGCUGCCUGCUUUACUCAGAGUUGCAACUGAUGUAUCCAAGGGAAUGAACUACUUGCACCAAAAUAAUAUAAUCCAUAGGGACCUGAAGACUGCUAAUCUUCUGAUGGAUGAAAAUGAGGUUGUCAAGGUUGCAGAUUUUGGAGUAGCACGAGUUAAAGCUCAAUCUGGAGUUAUGACAGCAGAGACAGGAACAUACCGUUGGAUGGCUCCUGAGGUCGGCGAACACAAGCCCUAUGAUCAGAAGGCUGAUGUUUUCAGUUUUGGCAUUGUGCUGUGGGAGUUGCUUACUGGGAAGGUACCAUAUGAGGACUUAACACCAUUACAAGCAGCAGUGGGUGUGGUUGAAAAGGGACUGCGUCCUAUCAUUCCUGAGCAUACUCACCCUAAGCUUGCUGAACUGCUCAAAAGAUGUUGGCAACAGGAUCCAUCUAUAAGGCCAGAUUUUUCAGAAAUUUUUGAGAUGCUAGAUCUCAUUGCUAAGGAGGUUCUAGAUGCGCAAGCGGAUCGGCCCAAGAAGUCAUCAGGGCGGUGUCUCUCAGUUUUCAGGCGGGGUCACUGAGAGAUGUUUAGCUGUCCUUAAAUCUGUUUGUAUGUUCGUAUCAUGGCCUUUUAUUCUUUUGCUGAAAAUUUUCCUUUGAGCAGUAUAGUGUUUGUAUCAGUGGCUUAUUUCCUCAAUUUUGUGCUCUAAUUCCAUUUCUGGUGCUUCUUUUACAGUGUUCAUCUCGCGAGAGUUUCAUGUCCUGUACGUAAUGUCUAGUGUUGGAUAUUAUUUAAGUGUACUUGCAAUAAGUGAUUUGAUUUUAUGCCCUUAAUAAAAGAAAGUAUUUUGUCC